UUUCCUGUGUCUUUGAUUUUGCUCAUAUAACUUUUUAUAUAUGUUUUUUUUUGAGGAACUGGGCCGGGCGCUGCUGUGUGGAGUGUGUCUACCUACUAGGAAGUAGACGUGAGGCUGCUCCUCCCUGCUCCAGCCCUGUGUACAACCUCUGCACCGCGUUCUGUCUCUCAUAUGGAACAAGACCGGACGCCUCCAUGCUCCGAGGCCCCUGCCAACCUUCACUAAGGUAGCUUGCUUGUGACCUAUUUCCAUCAUGUCUGAAGAUGAAGAUGAGGAGUGUUGGAAUAGACUGGACUGUUACCGGGUUAAGCUGAUCUCCAUCAUAGAUCCUAACCGGAUAACCCCAUACCUGCGCCAGUGCCGCGUCCUUAACAGCGACGAUGAAGAGAAAGUCUUCAAUGACCCCAGCCUCGUCAUCCGCAAGAGGAAAGUGGGGGUGUUGCUGGAUAUUCUCCAGAAAACAGGGUGUAAUGGAUAUGGCGCUUUCCUUGAAAGUCUGGAACUGUAUUACCCCCACUUGUACAUGAAGAUAACUGGAAAAGAGCCCACACGCGUCUUCUCCAUGAUCAUAGACACCGCAGGAGAAUCCAGCCUGACUCAGCUUCUCAUGAACGAAAUGUUAAAACUCCAGCAGACUAUUCAGGAGGAGAGGCGAAAAUACAGAGAGCUGCAUGCCGUAGUCCAGGAGAAGGAUGACGUCAUUCGGCAAGUGCAGGUUAAGGACAGUGAGCUUAGGAAACACCAGGAGAGGGUCCUCAAGAUGAAAGAGGAGGGAGAAAACCUGAACAAAGAGCUCAAGAAGUGCAAGGAUGAGAACUAUGAACUGGCCAUGAAGUACGCCCGACAGAGCGACGAGAAGAACACUGCACUCAUAAAGAACCGAGAGCUACAGCUAGAGAUCGAGAAGCUGAAGCACAACCUGAUGAGGGCGGAGGACGACUGCAAACUGGAGAGGAAGCAAACAAUGAAGCUAAAAAACGCAAUCGAAAAGCGGCCAAGUCAGGACGUCAUCUAUGAGCUGCAGAGAGAGAACCACCUUCUGAAGGCCAGACAGCAGGAACUGGAUAACACUCCUGCUCUACAGAAUUUCCAGAAAGACACGACGGGGGAGAGGACAAAACAAUAUAUGCAGGAUCUGGAGAACGAGAGCAGGCAGGCCCUGGAGGAGCAUCAGAAACUGGUCAAUAACAUCUACACCCUGAAGAUGAGCCUGAGACAAGCCGAGGACCUCCGAGAUAAGUACUUGGAAGAGAAGGAAGUUCUGGAGCUGCAGUGCAGCACCUUAAAGAAAGACUCCAGUGUAUACAAGGAACGCAUUGAAGCCAUACUGCAGCAGAUGGAGGAGGUGUGCAUUGAGCGCAACCAGGCCAAUGCUACAAGAGAACAGUUCUACGCGCAGUAUACCAAGUGUCUUACAGAGAAAGACUUGUACAGAAAGCAGAUCCGCGAACUAGGGGAAAGGUGCGACGACCUACAAAUCCAGCUGUUCAGGAGCGAGGGAAGACUGCUAGCUCUGGAGACAAAACUAAAAAGGACGGAUUCGCCAGCGCUGUCCUCCGAUGCAGACGAGCUUUCAUCGCGCAGCUCCCAGGAAAUCAACGUGCAAAAUUUUCAAGAUGAGCAACCGUCGCCGACCACAGAUCCUGGUAAUCGGGUCUUGGCUAGCGGUAUGAGAAUGAGUCGCGUGCGCAAAGUGUUUUGGGUGAAACCGCCAGGAAUGGGCCACAACGAAGAAAACCACGAUCAAUUGUCCCAGACUCAUGACGAUGUCCACGGCGCGGAGAACGGAGAACUGACGUUCAAAAACAAAAGAAAAGUUUAUAACAACACUGAACAUGGCCGCAGAAAAGGAGCCCUAAGAAAAAAAGAAUCCUCACAACAAAAAAAAGAAUACUCCACAUCAGAAAGCGAGACCGAGGGGACGUCAUAGGAGCCCGCUCCAAGUCCAGCAGUGGAGACCUCCGUGUACACUAUUGUGCUUGGACGAAACACUAAAAGGACAGUGGAUCCAGAACUUGGUUCCUGUGAUGCCAGUCCAUGCAAAGGUUUGCACCUAUGGGCGCAUAAUGUAUGGUAUAUCUUGGAGGUAUAUGCUGAGAGAUCCUUCCGACAUACACCUGUGAGGUACACCGCAAUCACAGUGUGAAUAGACCCAAAGGGCUUUAAGGGCUGAAAAUGUUAUAAAUCCCAAUGUAUAGGUUUAUAGAAACACUCCAGGAGCAAAAAAUACGUGGCUCUGGCUGUCAAAUUGUGCAGCAAAGUGUCUGAGCCCGUCUUAAAUAUACCUGAAAUUGCAGCAACUGAUCAUUUGGAAAAUGGUACGUAAAAUUGCCAAAUUGAUGAGAUUAGUCACCUUCCAGAGUCGGCAUAUCUGCAAAAAUCUGGCAGUAAGGGGAGUCUUGCCAAGCAUCAUUGCCCUCAGUUCGGUGCCAGUUAAAGGCUAUGGACACCUUCGGGGACAAUUUUUUUGUAUGAUUUGCAUUUUACUCAUUUUGGCCUAAAAAUAAUUUUUUCAAUUGGACUUUACUAAAAAAAAAAAAUAUUCAGCUGUUCUGUCACAAAG